AAAAGUAAAAGAGAGAGAGAGAGAGAAACGACGGCCUCGGCCAUCGAACACAAGACCACUAGUUUUCAUAGCAGUCAGUAAUCGACCGAGCACCGCUACGGAUCUCGGGGGACCUGCACAUUACUAUCACACACACAUACACGCGCACAUUUUUGCAUAUCAUUGUCAUUGUUGUUUUCAUUGUUAUCAUUAUCAUUGUCCCCGACAAUUGUUGCAUUUUGCUCAUUUAGGAUUGAUAAGCCUCUAAUUGACAAUUGUGAACGCGCGAGUAAACAUAUUGGCGAUCGGCGACGUUAUCAUCCGCUCGUGAUCGUAGCACGAGGGACGAGUCGAUGUUUUCCGAUCGAGAUCGAGAUCGGCAACUGCAGUAGCGCGCCGCUGCAGCGCCAAGUGCUCCCCAGUGCUCCUUUCGUGGUGGUGCGUGGGGUGUGUUGUUGUCGUGUGCUUUUUAAAAGCAGCGAUCGAGGUGUUACAGUGCUGCUUUUCAGUGCUGCGCCAACGAGAGUGUCAAUAAGUGUGUGCAGAGAUAUACAUAAUCAUCUCCUCUCCUCUCCUCGCAUAGACAGCCAGGCAGGCAGUCAGGCUUUUAUAAAAGGAGAACGGAGCCGCUUUGCUGCGCUGCGCGAAUGGAGAACGGAGCUGCUCGCGGGCCUCCUAUAUACACCGUGCGUGUUACAUACAGCAGAUAUCAGCAACGCAGCAGCAGCAGCGAGUUUCACCGCGCACAUAUUUACCAACACUAGCGCGCGAAUACAAAGCGUAAAUACAUUGCCUAGAGUGCAGAUUAUUAUUGGCCGAUAAGACACGAGAGACAACAGCGAGAAAGAAGCUCUAAGGACGAGUAAUCGAGAAUCGGUGUGACAUGUGUGAGAGAUAUGUGCGUUGCGAGUGUUAUCGUUGCAAGUACCCGUGUGUUGUUUGUGACUCGCGCGCCUGCCAAUAAAGCAGUGCGUGUUUCGAAAUAAUAAUAAUAAUAAUAAUAAUCAUAAAAAGUGACCAGAAAAUCGGUAGCUCGAGGAUAAAUAAUAAAGAAAAAGGUGCAGUUUCUUUCUGUACGUAAAAAAAAAAAAAAACGAGUGUGUCCAAAGUGCACCGCAGCAGCUCUCCAGUGUGUCUGUGCCUGUGUGUGUGCCGAGUGUCCGUGUGUACGUGCAUCGCAGUGAGUGAUCGUGCGUAUACACAAUACAGGAUCUUUCGGCGGCUGAUUCGGGAUUACGGAUUAUUAUCAAGAGCGAAUAACAACAAGAAGAAAUAAGGAAAAAUAUUAAAGAUCGUUAUAACGCAGUGCUGGCGACGGAGAGAUGCCGUGGCUGUUGACGCCUCGAAUUUCUGGCUAGCACAAGGAGUGGGCAGCGGGGCAAAAGUAACUCGACGAUGCGUCUGACGCUGUCGCCGUCGCCGCUGCUGCUGCUGCUGCUGCUGAGGCUGAUGCUGGCGGCAGCGAUGGUCUCGCUGCUGGCGAACGCCACCGAAAUGAACAUCAACGUCAACACCAACACAGUCGGCCUCAACGACAACAACAACCUCAACAACACAAGAAGUCGAUGGCGGACCACGCUGAGGUCGCACAACAGGAGCAUCAUCAUCGAGGAUAAGAGUCACAGCGAUCAUCAUCAUCACGACCACGAGGAUGAACGCGACAUCGACAGGAGCGGGGAUAAUAUGAGCGACAGCGACAAGUCCAAGAUCGUGGAGAGCCUCGAGGCCAGUCUGCUGUCGAUGCUGGGCUUCAAGCGCAUACCGAGGCCCGGGCAGAGGCGCGUGGGCAGCGCCCACAUACCGGAGCGCAUCAGGGCGCUGUAUCAGCGACAGAAGAAGCUCGACUCGGUGGACGUGGCGAAGCCCGGCAUGAACGUCGCCAACGCCAACACCGUGAGGACCUUCGUGCACGAAGAGAGCGAGAUCGACGACAAGUUCAAAUCGACGCAUCGCUUUCGGCUGUGGUUCAAUCUGAGCAGCAUACCGCAGGAGGAGAAGCUCAGGGCGGCCGAGCUGACGCUCAGUCGAGUCUCGCUGCAGGUGCAAGACGACCUGGAGGACGACGUCGAAGUGGAAACUAACGAAAUUAACGAUAAUAAUUAUAAGGAUAACGAUAACAACGCGACUCGUACUAGUUAUAUUAGCAAUAGAAGCUGUAAUGAUAAUAAAAGUAAUAAUAAUAAUAAUAAAAAUAAUAGUAGUAGCAAAAAGAGAACGUCGAGUAGCGACAGUAAAAAGCAUCGCUACGUCAGGCUGAUGGUGCACGACAUCGUCAAGCCGGGCGUGCGGGGCAAGAGUCAGCCGCUGCUGCGACUCAUCGACAGCAAAGUCCUCGACAUCAGGUCGAACGAGACGGUCAGCCUCGACGUCGGCCCGGCCAUCGAGCGCUGGAUGGCCGACAAGGCCCAGAAUCACGGCCUGCUCGUCCAGAUAACGGGAGCGGCGGUGAAGCCCGACGGCCCUCACCACAAAACGGAGCACGUGCGUCUGCGGCGCAGCUUGCGCAACGACGAGUCCCAGGACGGCUGGCAGCGCAGCCGACCGACCCUCUACACGUACACGGACGACGGCCGCAAGAAGAUGUCGACGGCGAGCGACAUAAUGGAGCGCAGAGCCCGGCGAGCGGCGCUGCGCAAGAAUCGCCGCAAGGACGGCCGCGAGAACUGCCGCCGGCAUCCGCUCUACGUCGAUUUCGCCGACGUCGGCUGGAACGACUGGAUCGUCGCGCCGCCCGGCUACGACGCCUUCUACUGUCACGGCGACUGUCCCUUCCCGCUGGCGGACCAUCUGAACUCGACGAAUCACGCGAUCGUCCAGAAUCUGGUCUACUCGACGAAUCCGGCCCUGGUGCCCAAGGCGUGCUGCGUGCCGACGACCCUCGGCUCGAUAUCCAUGCUCUAUCUCGACGAGGAGAACAAGGUCGUCUUGAAGAAUUAUCAGGACAUGUCGGUGCUCGGCUGCGGAUGUCGUUGAAGAAAAGAAAAAAUGUUACUUUGUCGUGGCAAGAGUGCACGAGUGAUAAUAUAGAAAAACGACGAAAACUAUAACAUGGAUUGCCGCAGACGCACCGACGAAGAAGACGACGAGAGUAUAUGAAGAAAAUAAAGACAAAAGGCCAAAGCGAUGACGACGAUGCGACGAUAAAUAUAUUAUAGACGUGUGUGUAUGUGUGUGUGAGUGAAGAUGCACCUCGACGUGCAGCAUACCUGUGCGUGUGCGUAUCGAGGCGUUGUUUAUCUAUCUUUUUUAUCCUCUUGUUUUUUCUAUUACUCUUUUUUGUGUAACACGUGUUUAUAUAUUGUGUGCGCGCGUGCGGUGCCUGUCGUAUAUAUUUUUCUGCAGUUUCAAACUAACAAUUUACAUUCAAGCGUAUCUCGUGAUUGUACAUAUAGUUUUUCCAAUUCUUCAGAGAGCCGCCUUGUAUAUAACCCACAGACAGAUUAAUCCGAAGAAGAGUCACGUUGUCGUUGCUGCGUUGUUGUUGUUUGUCGCUCACUGCACGGGCGAGAGAGAAAAGGAGCUCGACGUGAACGCAAAACGAGAAUAGAAAGAGCACGACGAGCCGAGAAGAGAAAAGAGAUAAGAUAUAUACGCCUUCUUCUUCUUUCGCAGCUCCUCCGAUCGUUAAACACACACACACACGGGCAGACACGAUCUGGCCGCGAGUAAACCUUCCAUACGUUCACUCGAGCUCGAACACUAUGUAUGCAGCAGCAGCAGCAGCAAUGCGUGCUACAUUCAUGUGUUUGUGUGCGUAUGUAUAAAUGAGUGAGCUAAAGCGAGGUAAAUCCUCGAAGCUUAAUAAAUCGCGACUUUUUCUCUCUCUCUUUCUCUUAUGCGUGGACGAUAUUGUAUGUGCGCACCAGCGUCAGCGAUCGAUUGUGGUAUUUACACAGCUUGAUUACCCGUGUACAAAACACGACUCUGGACAAUUUUUACAAUCGGAAGUAAAAGAGAGAUAGAGAAAGAACAUCCCUAAAUCGCACUAUCGGAGAAAAAGAGAGAGAGAGAGAGAAAAAUACCAAAAAUAUUUAGCACUCGGAGGAUCGCGAGGGCUGCAAUGUAUACUGAGUGCGCUCGCGUAUACACUUGAGACACACGCGCACACACGUAUACGCACGCAUUUAUGAGAGAGAUAGAUAUAGAUAGAG